AUGGCCCUCGAUCAUGAAAACGAUCCCGGAUGGCAGUAUCUGCGCCGCUCUCGUGAGCAGGCUCUUGAGGACCAGUCGAAACCGUACGACUCCAAAAAGAACUGCUGGAUUCCCGAUGCGGAAGAUGGAUACGUCGCAGGCGAAAUCACCGCCACGAAAGGAGACCAGAUCACUGUUGUCACUGCACGCGGGAAUGAGGUUACCCUCAAGAAAGAGUUGGUACAGGAGAUGAAUCCACCGAAGUUUGAGAAAACCGAGGACAUGUCCAAUUUGACUUUCCUUAACGAUGCUUCCGUUCUUCAUAAUUUGCGAUCUCGUUAUGCUGCUAUGCUUAUCUACACCUACUCUGGCUUGUUCUGUGUUGUGAUCAACCCAUACAAACGUCUUCCUAUCUACACCGAGUCAGUGGCAAAAAUGUUCAUGGGCAAGAGAAGAACAGAAAUGCCUCCGCAUCUCUUCGCUGUAUCCGAUUUGGCAUACAGAAAUAUGCUCCAAGACCACGAAAAUCAGUCUAUGCUCAUUACAGGAGAAUCGGGAGCAGGAAAGACCGAAAACACCAAGAAGGUAAUUGCUUACUUUGCCACAGUCGGUGCUAGCCAACAAGAAGGAGGUGCCGGUGAUGGAAAGAAAAAAGUAACACUCGAGGAUCAGAUUGUCCAGACAAACCCCGUAUUGGAGGCGUUCGGUAACGCGAAGACCGUUCGAAACAACAACUCUUCUCGUUUCGGAAAAUUCAUUCGAAUUCACUUCUCAAAAGCAGGACGACUUGCAUCUUGUGAUAUCGAGCACUACCUUCUCGAGAAGUCUCGAGUGAUUCGUCAAGCCCCUGGAGAGCGCUGCUACCAUAUCUUCUAUCAGAUAUUUUCUGAUUUCAAACCUGAGUUGAAGAAAACUCUUGAACUCGACAAACCUUUGAAGGACUACUGGUUUGUGGCACAGGCUGAGUUGACCAUCGAUGGAGUUAACGACACUGAGGAGUUCCAACUCACAGACGAAGCUUUCGACAUUUUGAAUUUCUCUGAACAAGAAAAGUUGGAUUGCUAUCGUCUCAUGGCUGCAUUGAUGCACAUGGGUAACAUGAAAUUCAAACAACGUCCUCGCGAGGAGCAGGCCGAGCCAGAUGGUACUGACGAAGCAGAGAAAGCAUCAAACAUGUAUGGAGUAAACAGCGAGGAGUUCCUGAAAGCACUCACGAAGCCCCGCGUAAAGGUCGGAACGGAAUGGGUCUCGAAAGGACAGAACAUGGAACAGGUCAAUUGGGCCACCGGUGCUAUGGCCAAAGGUCUUUACUCACGUGUGUUCAAUUGGCUUGUGAAAAAGUGUAACCUCACUCUUGAUCAACAAGGAAUUUCCCGUGAUUUCUUCAUCGGAGUGUUGGAUAUUGCUGGUUUCGAAAUUUUCGACUUCAACUCGUUUGAGCAGCUGUGGAUCAACUUCGUGAACGAGAAGUUGCAGCAAUUCUUCAAUCACCAUAUGUUCGUGCUGGAACAGGAAGAAUACGCUCGUGAGGGUAUUCAAUGGACCUUCAUCGAUUUCGGUCUUGAUCUUCAAGCUUGUAUUGAGCUCAUCGAGAAGCCUUUGGGUAUCAUUUCCAUGCUUGAUGAGGAGUGCAUUGUUCCGAAGGCCACUGAUCUGACGCUUGCACAGAAACUAAACGAGCAGCAUCUUGGCAAGCACCCCAACUUCGAGAAGCCAAAACCGCCAAAGGGCAAGCAGGCUGAAGCUCACUUCGCCAUGCGGCACUAUGCCGGCACCGUGAGAUACAACGUGACCAACUGGCUUGAGAAGAACAAGGAUCCCCUUAACGACACUGUCGUUACGGUCAUGAAGGCAUCGAAGGGUAAUGACCUUCUCGUCGAGAUCUGGCAGGAUUACACUACCCAAGAAGAGGCCGCCGUGAAAGCGAAAGAAGGCGGCGGUGGAAAGAAGAAAGGAAAGUCCGGUUCAUUCAUGACUGUUUCCAUGCUUUACCGUGAAUCACUGAACAACCUCAUGACUAUGCUGAACAAAACUCACCCACAUUUUAUCCGUUGCAUUAUUCCGAACGAGAAGAAGGCGUCCGGAGUCAUCGACGCAGCGCUUGUUCUCAACCAGUUGACUUGCAACGGUGUACUGGAAGGUAUCCGUAUUUGUCGCAAAGGUUUCCCCAAUAGAACUCUUCAUCCUGACUUUGUGCAACGGUAUGCAAUCCUCGCCGCAAAAGAAGCCAAAUCUGAUGAUGAUAAGAAGAAAUGCGCUGAGGCGAUUAUGUCCAGGUUGGUCAAUGAUGGAGCUCUGACUGAAGAGAUGUUCCGUAUUGGUCUUACCAAGGUGUUUUUCAAAGCGGGAGUUCUUGCACAUCUUGAAGACCUUCGUGACGAGAAGCUUUCCAUAAUUAUGACUGGAUUCCAAGGUCAAAUCCGCUGGUUCCUUGGACUUGCUGAUCGCAAGCGAAGAAUGGAACAGCGUGCUGGCCUGCUGAUUGUUCAGCGCAAUGUUCGCUCGUGGUGCACCUUGCGUACCUGGGAAUGGUUCAAACUGUAUGGAAAGGUUAAGCCUAUGCUCAAGGCUGGAAAAGAAGCCGAAGAGUUGGAGAAAAUUAAUGACAAGGUCAAACAGCUUGAGGAGAGUUUGGCUAAAGAAGAAAAACUGCGUAAAGAACUUGAGGACAGCUCUACCAAACUGCUGGAAGAGAAGAACAACUUGUUCACGAAUCUUGAAAGCACCAAAGGACAACUAUCCGAUGCCGAAGAACGUCUCGCCAAGUUGCAGGCUUUGAAAGGAGAUGCUGACAAGCAACUAUCGGAGCUGAACGAACGCCUUGCUGAUCAGGAGGACCGCAAUGCCGAUGUGCAACGUGCCAAGAAGAAGAUCGAGUCAGAAGUCGAAUCACUUAAGAAACAGAUUCAAGAUCUUGAGAUGAGCUUGAGGAAGGCUGAGUCUGAAAAACAGUCCAAGGACCAUCAGAUUCGCUCCCUCCAAGAUGAAAUGCAGCAACAGGAUGAAGCGAUAGCAAAGCUGAACAAGGAAAAGAAGCACCAAGAGGAGAUAAACCGCAAGCUAAUGGAGGAUCUUCAAUCUGAAGAAGACAAGGGUAACCAUACGAACAAGGUAAAGGCAAAGCUCGAGCAAACUCUUGAUGAUCUCGAAGACAGUCUCGAGCGUGAGAAGAGAUCUCGCGCUGAUCUUGACAAGCAGAAGAGAAAGGUAGAGGGUGAGCUCAAAAUUGCUCAGGAAAACAUCGAUGAGGGUGCUCGUCAACGACACGAUCUCGAAAACAAUCUUAAAAAGAAGGAGAGUGAACUACAUACUGUUAGUAGCCGCUUAGAAGACGAACAAGCUCUUGUCAGUAAGCUUCAACGACAGAUCAAAGAAGGACAAAGUCGCAUCUCUGAACUUGAGGAAGAGCUUGAAAGCGAACGUCAAUCACGUGCCAAAGCCGACCGCGCCAAGUCGGAUCUCCAGCGAGAACUCGAGGAGUUAGGAGAUCGUCUCGAUGAGCAGGGAGGAGCCACAGCUGCCCAAGUAGAGCUUAACAAGAAGCGCGAAGCUGAGCUUGCUAAGUUGCGAAGAGACCUUGAAGAAGCUAACAUGAACCACGAGAACCAGCUCGGUGGGCUCAGGAAGAAGCACACCGAUGCCGUUGCCGAGCUGACUGAUCAACUUGAUCAACUGCAAAAGCAAAAGGCAAAGAUCGAGAAGGAGAAGAUUCAGGCAAAUCACGAAGCAGAAGAGCUUGCUGCUCAGCUCGAUGCCGAAACAUCGGCCAAGCUGAACAACGAAAAGCUUGCCAAGCAGUUUGAACUCCAGCUGACGGAACUUCAAUCGAAGUGCGAUGAACAAUCCCGCCAACUUCAGGACUUCUCAUCACUUAAAGGUCGUCUGCACAGCGAAAAUUCUGAAAUUAGCCGUCAAUUAGAGGAUGCCGAGUCACAGUUGAACCAAUUCUCUCGCCUUAAGAGCCAGUUGACUAGUCAGCUUGAGGAGGCACGUCGCACUGCUGACGAAGAAGCACGAGAACGUCAAACCCUAGCAGCUCAAGCAAAGAACUACCAACACGAAGCAGAACAGCUUCAGGAAAGUCUCGAAGAAGAAAUUGAAUCCAAGAACGAAGUGAUGCGUCAGCUCAGCAAAGCGAACGCCGAGAUCCAACAAUGGAAAGCACGUUUCGAAGGCGAAGGACUUAUCAAAGCAGACGAACUUGAAGAUGCUAAGAGACGCCAAGCACAGAAGAUUAAUGAGCUGCAAGAAGCUCUCGAUGCUGCUAAUUCGAAGAUCGCCUCGCUCGAAAAGACGAAGAGUCGCCUUGUUGGAGAUCUUGACGAUGCACAAGUUGAUGUAGAACGCGCCAACGCCUUCGCUAGUGCUCUUGAGAAGAAGCAGAAGGGCUUUGACAAAGUCAUUGAUGAAUGGAGAAAGAAGACUGAUGAUCUUGCUGCUGAGCUCGACGGAGCACAACGAGAUGCGCGCAACACCUCAACCGAACUAUUCAAAGCCAAAAAUGCGCAAGAAGAGCUGCUUGAGGUAGUAGAAGGACUCCGACGCGAAAACAAGAGUCUCAGCCAGGAAAUCAAGGACCUGACCGACCAACUUGGUGAGGGUGGUAGAUCUGUACAUGAAAUGCAGAAGAUCAUUCGCCGACUCGAAAUCGAGAAAGAAGAAUUACAGCAUGCUCUCGACGAGGCUGAAGCGGCACUUGAAGCUGAGGAGAGCAAAGUCUUGCGAGCACAAGUUGAAGUAUCGCAGAUACGCUCUGAGAUAGAGAAACGCAUUCAGGAAAAAGAAGAGGAGUUCGAAAACACUCGCAAGAACCAUCAGCGUGCCAUGGAUUCGAUGCAAGCUUCACUUGAAACAGAAGCCAAAGGCAAAGCUGAACUUUUGAGAGUUAAGAAGAAGUUGGAGGCCGACAUUAAUGAACUCGAAAUCGCACUUGAUCAUGCUAACAAGGCUAAUGCUGAUGCGCAAAAGAAUUUGAAGCGCUACCAGGAGCAGAUCCGCGAGCUUCAACUCCAGGUCGAAGAAGAGCAGAGGCAACGAGACGACGUCCGCGAACAGUUCUUCAACGCCGAGAAACGCGCAACACUUUUGCAAUCUGAAAAAGAAGAGCUUCUGGUCGCCAAUGAAUCAGCCGAACGGGCUAGGAAACAGGCCGAAUAUGAGGCUGCUGAUGCGCGUGACCAAGUCAAUGAGCUCUCAGGGCAAACCGCUUCACUUGCUGCUUCGAAGAGAAAACUCGAAGGCGAAAUUCAGGCCAUUCAUGCCGACUUGGACGAAACCCUCAACGAAUUCAAAGCUGCUGAAGAACGAAGCAAGAAGGCAAUGGCUGAUGCAACUCGCUUGGCAGAAGAACUCCGCCAAGAGCAAGAGCAUUCACAGCAUAUUGACCGUAUGCGUAAGGGACUUGAGCAGCAGCUCAAAGAGAUGCAAGUUCGUCUGGAUGAGGCCGAGGCUGCUGCACUGAAAGGAGGCAAAAAGGUUAUUGCCAAGUUGGAGCAACGUGUAAGAGAAGUGGAGUCGGAACUUGACGCCGAACAACGCCGAUACCAAGAGGCCAACAAGAAUCUGGGCAAGGCGGAUCGACGGGUCCGAGAACUUCAAUUCCAGGUCGACGAGGAUAAGAAGAACUUUGAGCGACUUCAGGACCUGAUCGACAAGCUGCAAAACAAACUUAAGACUCAGAAGAGGCAGAUUGAGGAAGCGGAAGAGCUGGCUAACCUGAACCUGCAGAAGUAUCGUCAGAUCCAACACCAACUUGAAGAUGCCGAAGAACGCGCUGAUGUCGCCGAAAACUCGUUAUCGAAGAUGAGGGCCAAGUCACGGUCCAGCGCCUCCGUAGCUCCUGGCGGUCUUCAGACCUCACAAUCGGCCACCGUUAUGCGAUCACCUUCCCGUGCACGUGCCAGCGACUUCUAA